CAAUGACGGAAUGAAAAACCAACUUUUUUUGUUUUUUAACGAUCCUGGUAUGCAUAGGAGUUCAGGAAUAAUGGGUGGGGAGGUAUACAUCUUAGCAUUUUGCACAAAUGGGGGCUAUUGAAGCCAAAGUUUACAAAGGAAAUACCGCAUUAGCCGCGAAAAGGGGCGUUUUUGUUUACUCUACUUUUUACUUUACUACAUUUACUCUUUUUCUUCAUUUACUUGUCCAUCAUACUUUCAUUUGGAAUAUCCCACCCUUUUUUAUAUCUUUCUUUCUGCACACUAUAUCACUUGGGUUUCAUUUUAGGGCAAAAUAUCUGGACCAGAUUAUGCUGGGAUUCCUUAUUGACGGAGUUGCAUCUUUGCCGAUAUUUUCGAGGCUGAGGAAGGCGACGCAGAGAGAGAGAGAGAGAGAGAGAGAGAGGCAGAGAGCAACAUGGGCUUUCUUUCCUAAGUUUUUUCUUUUUCCUCGUGUAUAUGAGUCUCUGGAUAUGGAUAUCGGGGCAUGGUCAACGUUUGGUACCAUCUAUAACUACUUUAUUAUACUUUUACCAACUUUACACAAAUACGAUAUGGGCUCUUUUUCUGGGUACAUGACAUUAAUUCCCAUUGUGGUCAAUCGAAAUACAUAGUAUAUUUAAUGGAAAAUUGUGAAACCAAAGAAA